UUUUCUUUUUUUUUUUUUCUCGGUGUUUUUCUUUCUUAGUAAAAACCAAAGAUUGAAUGGGCCCACUAAUCUAUAUUCUUUCUUUUUUUGUCCCUUGAUAUGUUUAGCCGAAAGUGUAAAUGACUUUAUUGCAGGUUGGAUUGGUGGAGCUGCAGGCAUCUUAGUAGGUAGUCCUUUAGAUGUAUUGAAGGCAAGAUUACAAGCACCUAGUGGCAAAUAUGGAGAAGGACAUACUGGCUCCUGGAAAACUCUGACAAACAUGAUUCAAAUGGAAGGGACAGGCUCGUUAUUCAAAGGGGUAUUGGCGCCAGUGAUGGGUUUGGCGGGUUUGAAUGCAAUCCUGUUUGUAUCUUAUGGCGGGAUCUUAAGAUACCUUCAACAAUAUCCUGGAAACUUGAUCAACCAUGAACAAUAUCAACCAAGUUUGGGACAAGUCUAUUUGGCAGGUUGUGGAGCUGGUAUGGCAUGUUUUCUAUUCUCAACACCAACUGAUUUAAUCAAGAUUCAGGCACAGGUUAGUCAAUUGAAUAAAACAACAUGGCAAGUGAUGAAAGAAAUCUUUUACAGGAAUGGUUUAACUGGAUUCUACCAAGGUGGGUGGAUCACUUUGAUUCGAGAUUGUCCUAGCUAUGGUAUCUAUUUUUGGGUAUAUGAAGGGAUGAAACGAUCGUUAAUGGAUCAAAGUGGCAAUAAUGAAGAUUGGAAGUUGUUACUUGCAGGAGGGAUGGCUGGUACAAUCUCUUGGGCUUCCAUUUAUCCUAUAGAUGUCAUCAAAUCACGACUUCAGAUGCAAGUGAUUACUGCUAAUACGGUGGAAUCUUUGGCAGUAGUGAAUGAAACAACAGCUCUCUCUUCUUUAUCUGGUGGUGCUAUGAUUCAACAACAACCUUAUUAUACCUCUAUUCGUGAUUGUAUCGUUCGAUCUUAUCAAGCUGAAGGUGUUGGUGUCUUUUUUCGUGGUUUGACACCUACACUUCUUCGUGGUUUUCCUGUGAAUGCUGUUACUUUUUGGGUUUAUGAGAUUGUUAUGAAUUGGUUAUCAUAGAGAUCCCAUUUUAGAUCCAUUCAUUUUAUUUAUUUAUUUAUUUAUUAU